AUGGCUUCUACAACAACAUCACCACCAAUUGUCGCUGGGAACACGGUAAACAAAUGCAAAGAUUUGGCAAGUACAAAAUCAAUACCAGUUGUCUCUUUUUGCAACAAACAGUCCAUGGAAUUAAACUCUCCAAUUACACUUGACGCUUAUCAGCCUUCUUUUGGUGCCAGUGCUUCCUUCUGUAUGUGUGAGGUUAAAAUAUUGAGCACACAGACAUUUUCGAGUCUUCGCGUUUCACAGGAAAAUACCCUUGUACCUCCAAUAGACUGUGGAUUACAAAUACAGAUAGCAAAUGCUACACAAAUUAUCAGAACUGUUCAAUGUUCUAACGUUGGAGAUACAGAGUAUAUACUCUACCCAGGUUCCAGUAUAGUUAUUUCUUUAGUUACUACAUCUACAGACUGGUCGGAGGGAUUUUGUUUCCAUCUCUCGAUGAGGUUUGAGAACUCCCCUAUAGGUGUGCAGUGUUUUAAUCCUGGGGUCACCAUCGUCCCUUCACAACCUUAUACCACGGGCAGAAGCACACCAACAACUUCCACCACACUUUCAGCAGUAACAAACACAUCCUUCUUGCCAUCGACUACAAACACUGACUCAUCAACCGUGACAUACGUCACGUCAAACGAGAAAUCAGAUGUGGUGACAGCAACGUCCAGUACUGAAUCACGGGACUCUACUCAGACCGAAUUUUCCAAAACGUUACCAACAACAUCAAAACAAUCUUCAAUUACUACUACAAUGGUGAUUUCCCCAGAAAAAUGGACACCAAGAGAGACAUCAACAGCAUCUAUGUCAUCAAUACAAGUUCCAUCCACAUACAUUCCUACGAUAACAACUGUCAAAUCUCAAUCACCUUCCUUAACAUCAUCAUCAUGGAAGUAUACGAUUCCAGCGAUAGGAGGGUUGAUAAUUCUUACAUUUUCUAUCGCCAUGGCUGUCUGUUACAAAUAUAGGAAUAAUCGCAAAAAUAUGAUCAAGAAUACAAACAGCAGCAAUGUGAACUUGCCAUAUUCCCGAGACUUCACAUACGAAAACUGACUACUUCAUUAUCAGCAUUCAGGCGUAGCUACAUUGAAGCACCGUAAUCAUGUGCUUACAUAUUUUUUAAUUUCAAUUUUAUAAAAACAUUGUUAUUUUCGUUGUAAAUCCCGAGCAUUUUUUGGUGUGUUUGUGUCGGAACUUUUCCUGGAGCAUCACGAACUUCUUAUUGUAAUAUGAUAUUAGGAACAUGGGCUGGGUCAUUUCGAUCCGUAAAGGACAAAUAAACAUUUGCAUUUCAUUACAAUUGACUCUGCGCUUCAACCCCUAUCAAAACGAAAAUAAAUACCGCAACACUGCUUUUUUUUAGAGUACAGUUUGGGUAAAAGGGGGAUAAAUUGCUUUUCCAAAUGUUGCUAAUCAAUUUCUACUCAGUAUGCAUUGUUUGUUACUGACAUUCUUUACAUUAUCUUUGAACUACAUUGUUUCUGUUAACGGUUACCUAGAAUCUUUAGAGUUAUUGGUUCUACAAAAUGUAGCUUCCUAACACACAAUUUCCAAUUUAGAAACAAAGUUGAUUUAAUAAUACUGUAAAACCGGGCUCCACUCUAUCACGCUCGUAAGGGGCCUUUUAAUAAUUGCUCUAAAGCAGGUUACAAGGUAUAUGUGUUAUAAAAUUAAUCAGGAAGAUUUUUUGGCAAAGAGCAAUUAAUUGAAGAAGCCCAUACAGUCUGACUUAAAAAAUAAAUUUUGUUUACUUUUUUAAAUCGGACAUUGUAUUGGCUCUUUGUCUGAAGGUGAUUUUGUUUGUAUUAAGUGAAAUAUUUGCAUAUAAGGUUUAUCAACGAAUUGUCUCCUGAACAUUGUGCUUCAAAAACCGAGCAUGUGAUUAAAUCGAAGAUUUUUCACACCUUUUAAAUACGUAUACUGUUCAUUUAACAUUAUCACCUUGUUUUAUCUUGCCAAUCGUUUUACUAGACUUGGUAUUCCUUUAAUUGAAAUUCAUGGUCAGCGUACAUUAAAACAUGGCCGUAUAGGCGUGACAAGGGUCAAAAUGCUAAAACAUGUAAUGACUUAAUUUCACCUGAGGAAUAAAACUACAAAACACGUCC